AUGGCAGAUCACCCAUUGACUUCAGAUGUGAUUCGAAUACUGAAAAGCUGGGGAUCAGAAUGGAUGGAUGUGCCUUCGCAACGAAAUGUAAUCAACAAGCCAAAUCUUCUGCACGAAAUUGAAGAAUCGAUGAUUGCAAUUGGUAUGUUUGUAGAAUGGUUAGAUGAUUCUUCACCACGGAUGGAAUCUUCCAAACAAGCAGUCGUUUUCGUGGACAUUUGCUGUGGAAAAGGAAUAUGCUCUCUACUAGCAUCAUAUCUAUUCGAAAACGAUAGUCGCGUGUCCAAGAUCAUCAUGAUGGACAAACCUGACAAUAAGCUAUCACAAAAUGGUCAUCUUGAUUGGUCCCACAUUGUUCACGCGAAUGAAAAUGCUGUAUCAGAGCAAAGGCCUUUUAUUGAAGCAAGAAAAGAGAAUCUCUUUGAGACGGACAGUAUCAUCAAAUGGUUGUCAACAGCUCGAGGAAGCGACCCAAUGGCUUUGGUUGGAAUCCACCUAUGCAAGAAUUUGUCUCCCACUUUUGUUGGAAUCGCCAAUGCUUUGGGUGCAAGUCAGGUACCCUUCCUGUGCCUCGCACCUUGUUGCCUUCCCCGAGUAGUGGUCCAAGGAAGGAACAACCAUCGAAACAAAUUGGAAGUAGCCCAGUAUGAAGCUCCCCUACAACGACAAGCGAGGCUCAAGGCUGCACAACUUCGGCGCAAUGCAAGACAGCGUCACUCCAAAGCUACAAGAGAAUGUAUCUUGUGUCAAUCCACAAAACAUGCAGUCCGACAAUGUCCAAAAUUGGUCUCUUAUUCGAUUGCACAACAGUGCGAAAUCCUGGAGCGAGCUGCCGCAAUGGAACCCUGUUGGAAAUGCGGACAAUUGGGGCAUAGGAGGAAGGAUUGUCUUUCCAAACAAGAAUCCAGCAUCCCGGCACUGAUUCCACAGCCCGUGCUGCAUAAGAAUGUUUCCCACAUCAUGGGUACUGCAAAUCCAUUUGCUUCUUAUUGUCAGUUGUUGAGUACCACAAUCGACAGAGAGUCGAUCUCACUUUUCGAAUCUGAUUUGGAAAAGACGGAAUCAUCAUUACUUGAACAUGGAUCGAAUUGGAAUCGAUAUCGGAAGACAAUCUACAUUGUUGCAAAUGACAAGUGA